GCCAUCUUGAAUUUUCAAGUCGAAUUCGUAGAAGCUUUAAUGUUUAAAUAUCGCUGGUUGGUAAGUUUUUCUCUUUUUUGCCAUCAGGGAACCCGUUUUAUAUGAAUCUGUUAUGCAAGGAAUAACCCCUAAACUUAAAUUUGCCACUAUAACGUCUUAAUGUCCUUAAAGAACUCUUGAAAGUCAUAGAUAACAUGAACGCCCCCGCCGAGUCACCUGCAGCCAUAGCAUGUGCAUGCAGGUCAGGUUUUAACAAGUUAACACUGAUUCGGUCAUGUUGGGCAGACCUCGCACUUUGUUCUGGCUAAAAACGAUGUCAUGACAAGGUAAAACUGGUGGAAACUGGUUGUGAAAUGGGUAGUUUCGAAAACGAAGCACACGAAAACGAAGACCGAAGCACGAAGCACCCAAAUCUCGAAAACGAAGCACCCAAAUCUCGAAAACGAAGCACCCAAAACUCGAAAACGAAGCACCCUAGAUCGAAAACGAAGCACCCAAAACUCGAAAACGAAGCACCCAAAUCUCGAAAACGAAGCACCCAAAACUCGAAAACGAAGCACCCAAAACUCGAAAACGAAGCACCCUGCUAGAUCGAAAACGAAGCACCCAAAAACUCGACACCGGUGUGUCCUUUAUAAACACGAGACGAAUGCUAAUACAGCAGGAAUCAAGCACGAUAACAAAUCGAAUGUAGUUCAAAUCUACUCAAGUUGUAAAUGCAUUUCCGCCGCUGCGUGGGAGGCCCAAACUAUUUCUAGAAUGUUACUGUAUUCAGGCGCGGAUCCAAACCGGUUUCCACCGUUUUACGAAAAUCGGUCAGAUUUUUCAUAAUAAAUAUAUUUUUAAUAAAUAAAAAACUUUCCAAGUUCCAAGGCUUCAUCUGGGGAGAAUGGAACUGGCCAACAUCCUGUCUGAAUGACUCAGAAUCUCAAGAAAGGGAACUUUAGGGAGUUAAAAUCCAAACCGGAUUUCCCGGGGGAGCAUGUCCCUGGACUCCCUUAGAAGCAUGCGCCCUUGGAGUUCGUUUAGGAAAUCGGUCAGUAUUUAUCCUAGAUCCGCGCCUGGUAUUGCCAGUAAAAGCCAGUUAAAUUCGCAGGCUUGAAGUCGAUGACAGAGAGCUUUAGAUUAUAAGACGAGUACGAGAUUUUCUUAGUGCUAAGUGUGCUCGUGCGUGAACCAGCGUCAUUUUGGCGGGAAAACGUGGUAGCCGUCGUCAUUACGAGUCUUAGCGAUAAUAUCGAAGCGGCAAAAACAAGAGAACAAAUGUUAGAAGUUUGAUAAUUUUGCGAUCGGGAGGGGGCGUAACCUCCUGCAUAUCCAAUACGUUAGACUCAAGAAAAAGAAGAAAAAGAAGUCGGUAAAGCGUGGCGUAAGAGUGUCUGUGCCGAGCCUCACACUCCGUUUUCAGCCUCGUUUCAGACCUUUUGUGUUACUGCUCACGCUGCACUUGAAUACGCCAAAAUCUGCUGACGGACUAGCCUCCCCCCAGACGCCCUUUGGGGUUCGUUUGACAGUUUUGAAGUCUACAUAAACAUGUAUGUGUACCGAAAAAAUGCAUAUUAAGGUAAGAUGUAUCAAGUAUAGUGAGACCAAUAAUAAAAUGAAUACUGUGUAUCCUAUCUAGAUAAGUUCAGUUAAACAGUUGGCAGGCUCUUAUAAAACCUUGGGAUGGAUUUUGUGGACCUUUGGAGGUGUGGAGGCAUCUGCUGCCUCCACCUGAUUCAGGUGCUUCAUUUUUGAGUUUUGGGGUCUUCGUUUUCGAGAUUUGGGUGCUUCGUUUUCGAUCUAGGGCGCUUCGUUUUCGAGAUUUAGGGGUCUUCGUUUUCGAUCCAGGGUACUUCGUUUUCGAGUUUUGGGUGCUUCGUUUUUGAUCUAGGGUGCUUCGUUUUUGAGUUUUGGGUGCUUCGUUUUUGAGAUUUGGGUGCUUCGUUUUCGAGAUUUGAGUGCUUCGUGCUUCGGUCUUCGUUUUCGAGUGCUUCAUUUUCGAAACUACCUUGUGAAAUGUGUGUUUACGUGAACAAUAACACCGGAAUAGAGACUGCAUACUACACAUGGGCCUUGAAAACUCAGAACUGUUUGAAGGAAGAACAAAUGACUCAGGCGAACUCAUUUUUAAGAUUAUGUUCAAAAAUGUUUUCUUGGCUUCGAGAGUCAAAAUUUUACUUGGCGAUCAAAGUGCUUUUACGUGUACUUCUUGAUGGGUGUGACUAGUUUUAGUUAAUCGUGUAAUUGUGUAUACAAGUAACUAAGUAAUAACUAUAAGUGGGGUUGCAGCCACACGCGCUAAAUGAAUAAUCUAUUAGCAGUAGAAAUUUGAAAAUGAAAUAAUACUUGCCACAAUAAGCCUGGGAAAGUAAUGAUGGUGAGAUAAUUGUAAUAAACCGCCACUACAAAGUAAAACCGGGAGCAGUCAGUUAUACUUUUAUGUUCUCUUGUAAAAUAAUGCUUCAUUCUGUGAACACGAUACACUGUACAAUGAAACAGGGGCAAGAAGAGCCUGUGUAGAAGGUGUUUCUGUGUGAGUUUGUUGAGAAAGCUGGACGAGAGCAAAAAGAGUGAUAAUGACUUGUUCGGAAACGAGCUUCCUAUUCAGGCUAGGGCAAAAAUGUCUGUUAUCUUUAAAAUAAAAAAAAAAGUCGCAAGAUGAACUGAUUUUGUCUUAAGUAGGGUUUGAAGGCCUUAGUCAGUGGACACCCCUACCCAACUUCCCUUUAAGUGCCUCCCACGGGCAGCAAGUGCAAAAAGGCUUCUCUUCUAGCCCCCUUACCAAAAUUUUGCCUUUUAUUUCCUUGUAGUGCUUUCUAUUAAUAAUAGAUAGGUGCCUAGAACUGUAACGUGAAACCAUCCAUGGAUUGAAACAUUUCAUUAAGAAAUAAAUUAAGAUGUCACUUAAAUAUUAAAAAAAGGUUUUGUUUACAUUGUACUUGACUGUUCUGGGAUUAGUUGAGGGAAUUUUCAUGAUUUGGUCGCAAAUUCAGUUAAAAAAAUAAUAGCAAUAAAAUAGAAUAAACAAAAAUUAAAAACAAAAUGUUUUACCUAUAAGUAAAGACUGACAAACCAGAUUUCCUCAUGUUCUUGUUAUUUGUUGGUGAAAAUGCUCCAUAGUGUUGCUAAAAAAGUUUUGUUUUCUGAUUUCAACUGUUAUGAAGCAGGAGCCCACAAUGACUCCAGUCCCAAAAUAGUGAAUAGCCAAGGAUUAAUUCUAUGUUAUGCAGCCAAUCAGUGGGCUAUUCACUGAUUUGGUAAAUACUUAGAAGCACUACACUGAAAUUGUCUUUAACACCAUAAAAUAUUGCUUAUUGAGCUUUUUUAGGUGAAGAAAUGUUAUUUUUUAAAUGAAAGUUCUUAAAAGUUGUUGGCUUAAAAUAAUUAUGUCUUGUGUCUGAUCUUGAAUAAUAAAUUUAUUCUCAUUCAAUAUUGUUUUGUUCUCUCUUCUUUUUCAGUAAUUAAAGACUCACAUCCAAUAAGUUAAUCAUGUCUGUUCCUAGUGGUUAUAAAGUCUCUGCAGUUGACCUUACAGGUUUUAAUGAAAGAUGGUUUUGCUCAUCAUGUGGAUUUGUUCCACGACUUGUGGUACAAACAGGGUUAUGUGAGCAUCUUUAUUGUGAAAAAUGUCUGGCUGCUGUUUUAAGGUAUGGUUUGUACUAUUAAAAAGUAGCUAUUGACUCACAAUUUUCAAUGAUGAUAGUAACAAUUAGGAAUGAUAAUAAUGAUAAUAAUAAGAAGAAUUAUUUGAAUAAGAUGCAUUGAAUCAUUAUAUGGACUUGAAAAUACAUGAGAAUAGUAAAGUUAUUGUAAGAGUCAGGAAGACGAAGUGUACUUGUACAGGUGUAUGAAGUUCUCAUGUGAAUAGAACUAAAACAGAGAUGCCAACCUCCAGAGAUCUAAAUUCUGGGGACUCUCUCUUUUGCACUACCCCCCCCAUGUCAAGGUCCUCCCCCACCUCAUCUGCAAAUUGACCCAGCGGCCAAAUUAUGACAUGGGAAUGGCUUAGGACAUUAUAUAAAGUCUUACAUGAAGUACGUACUAUCAAAUUCGCAUAGGGCCAUUUCAGAUGUCAAACUUUUCAUGUACCGAAAUUAAUACCUCUUUGGGUCAACCCAAAUAAUAAAGUUUGACACUUGAUUCUGACGUAGAACUUAACAUGUGCCGAACCUAAUUUGUGGAGUGAACAAAUAUCAAUUUAUAGCUUUAAGAAGGAAAUUGAUUUAAAGUGGUUUGCAAUAAAUCAGAUGCCUUCUAUUUCGACUCAAUAUGAAUAGUAGACAAAAUUUCUUGAAUUAGUAACCAUGUAGGAAGAUCUUGCUUGUAGCGGGUUUCCUUCUUUUUUGCUCUGUUAUGUUCAGGUAAAUAUUUUUUUUAUAUACUCCCAUUGAAACACAGCAAUAAAGUACCAGUUUUGUGUGGAUAUAGACGCUUAAAAGCAAGUUGUAUUCAAUAAGCUGUUUUAUGCUGCCCAUGCAGUUUCAAUUUAAAUUCCCUUGGGAGAAUGCUGCUUGGGAAGGUCAAGGGUUGUCACGCUUCUGUCUGUCGGCUGUCGGCUCACAGAUGAAAUAGUGCUGAAACUACGUUAAUAUAAUUUAUGCAUCAGGUUCGGCACAUGAAAAGUUUAAUGUUUAAAAUGAAGUCACUCCACAGUCAAAAUUCCCAUGUAGACCACUCAAACUUAAUAAUUCCUGGGUUGACCCAAAGUAGAUAUGUUGAACUUAAUUGCUUCAAACGUUGAUCUUUUCAUGUACUUAAUUGUAGGAAUUAGGUUCAAUACAUGAAAAGUUUCACUUUUGAACUGGGCCUAGGCCUUACAUCAUUGUAAUGAUGAAAUAUCUUUGUCAGUGACUAAAAACGUGCAAAAAUGUCCCAGAAACCAUACAUUGAAUACAAAAAAUUCGAAUUUUGAGGAAAAAAUGGGCCAAAUUUCAAACUAAUUAAAGCACAGAAAAGCUCAAAAGUCCAUUUUUAUCCAAGUAAGAAUUAUUGUUUCAUCAAAGUUAAAUUUUAUUCUGAGUGCAUAAAAGUGAGAAUUAAAAAAUAUAUAAUUAUAUAUAUUCUGUCAAUUCUUUCAUCCAAGUGAAAAGGUUUCAGUCAAAAUCAGCGAGCCUGAUAUCACUAUGCAGUAGGGGUGACUAUUGCACCCAUUUUGACUAUUGCAAUAGUAUUGCGAUAGUUGAAACACCAUUGCAAUAGUAUUGCGAUAGUGGUGAUACUUAGUGGUGAACUUCUUAAUUCAAGGAAGACGCUUCAGGAGAUCAUUUAAAAACUAUUGUAACUAUCGUUAUUUUAUGAAACUAUUGCGAUUAUUAUCGAUAGUUAAACUUGGUAUUGAUGUAUUGCUAUCGGAACACUUACAAUCGCGAAGCAUCGAUAGUUCAGAUAGGCAAUGAAAAUUUCCCCAAUGAUUUUCCAAUUUCCCCAAUGAAACUGGGGAAUGAAUAAAUAUUUUCAAUUGGCAUGAAGUAGGGCAGACACUUCUUGGCAUUUCUGUGUAGGAGGGAAGACAGUUUGCUUGCAAGAAUUGUUUUCAAAAUCUGACGCUAUUGGGAAUUGGCAAGGCACAUUUUGUGCAAACACACAAGGACUUUGGAGUUUUUUUGAAGAUUAAUCACAUAAGCCAACAUGCAUGCUUUUGCAGCUGCCCAAGCCAGGGGAAUGUUUUUAAUUCCAGUGGUCUGGGGAGUUUUGAAUGAAGAAACUCGGUUUUUGCCAAAUGAAUUGAAAUAAAUGAGGCGCUCUUAUGGGGGUUACGUAUAUUUGUAGUAUGAAUUUCAAAACCUGUGAUUUUACACGUAUUGAUUGAGGAGGAAGCCAUGUUGCUGGCAGUAUUUUACUUUUGUAUUUGCUCUGCUCUUUUGUAUUUUGUCUGUCACUCUCACAGUUUCAACCUAUCUUUGGGUUGUUUGUGACCAUUUCUGCUGUCCUAUGUCACUGUUUUAAGGUCAUGUCGCCUGUCACAAUUUUACCCUCUAACAUAAUUUAGUAAAAUCCAACUAGUGGUCUAUUAUAUCAAUGUUGUGUUCUGAUUGGUUGAGCUACUACUAGGCUAUAUGUUAUAGCCCACUAGUAGCAAAAAGGGGGGCUUUUUGGCGGCAAAAAGGGAUUUAAGUCUAGCUUUAACUAGCAAAAAUUUUUUUAUUCUUGAUAUUUUUGACCAACUAGUUGGAUUUUACUAAAACAAUUAUUCCUCUCGCCCUCAUGGCCUCUGAGUCAAUAGCGCAUUCGGCCUUUGACUGCAUGGGCUAUUGACUCAGAGCCCAUUUGGGCUCGAGGAAUAAUUGUUAAAUAGCCUCAUUAAUGCUACAAAGACCCGUGUCAGAAAUUUCUGGCUUUUUAUCUGAAGGUUUAAUUGUUUUAAUCAGUGCUUAAGAGAGCAUGCUUGCUGCUUAGAUUGGGAAAAUGUUUCAACUGUACGUAUUUGCCAAUUUUAUUUUGAAAAAUGCCCUAAUAACUGUAUUAUGAUCACUGUUUCAAAAGGAAAUGUUUGUAAACAUGUGAAAUUCAGAUGCCAAACGUGUCUAGCAUAUGUUUUUCAUCAUAAGUGGAAGUUUGUUUAUCAAUGAAUGGUGAAAGGUGUGAAAUUCUGGUCACUUCCCCUGAACAUGAGUUGAAGUGAUGUUAAGACAGUCCCUCUAUUUAAUUUCUCGCUUCCUCCCAGCCAUCCCCUGGCCCCCCAUAGUAAGUAGAUUUGACACUCAUCCAAGAUGGUAGUCUGCUACACAGCCAUUUUUAGUGUCGUCAAGCAAUGCUCCGGGAGCAGCCUUGCGUGAACAAGAUGGCUGCCCUUAACACAAUGUCCUCAAUCUCGACGAUCUUAUGAAAAAAAAAAAAGACUGUGAACAGUCUACCAUAAUAAUUGAAGGUUGUAGGUGUCAUGUGAAACUUGUGAAGUGGUAAAUCACCCCAAAAUUUCAAUGUCAAUUUGACCUUGGGAAAUUGUUUAAUGAAAGGUACUUGAAUUGUGUGAUUUUUCGAAGAAUUAUGCGAUUUUCCUCAAAUUGUGCGAUUGAAUCGUAAGAAAAUAGUUUUGAGACCAAUAUAAGUGUGAAAUAUUAACACCAUUUUGUUAAUAUAUAUCAUGAUCAGAGGCCCUGCUAAGAGAUUAAGGGACCAGUGCUUCAGUUUUAAAGCUACCCUUUCAGUGUGUAAGUGCCAGUUCACCUUUAUCCUUUGAUGUAAAUUUUGUUCUAUUUUUUAACCAAAGGGCAAAAUUAUACCAUAGCUAGAAUCCAGGGCUCUCAUGUUUCAUUUCUCUGUUCAUAUUACAGACAAACAAAUCCAGUUUGUGUCAAGUGUGAAAAGCCUCUGCAACACUGUCAGGUUAGUCAUGACUGAUGUCGACAAGGUAUACUCUUGAAGAACUGAUUGGUGUGAUGAAAAUGAAAUGAAAGAAUAAAUAUUAUUAAAGAACCAUUAUGUUAUAGAUAAUUUAUGGAACUUAUGGAAUAAUGGAGAUUAUUUCCAGGGCUAAUUUUUACCUUGUUUUACUAGUUUUCAUCGGAGGAAAGUAAUUUAAAAUAAAAAUUGUUAAUUGCUCAGUAGAACUAGGCAAUUUGAGAAAUUUGCAUGUAGUUAUAAACAGAAUCAUUAAUUUAGAAAAGCAGGAAGUGGCCCUGGGCAAUCAAAAUGUGAGAGCUGUUUGCCUGAGGGACAAGCUGGAAGUUUUUCUUUUCUUUUCUUUUCUUUUUUCUCAAGCCCUGUUAUUUCAGAACAAAGUAUAAACUUUGUUUUAUUUUUAUGACCAAAGCCAGGAAAUGAAAUGGAAGGAAAAAGAUGCUUUGUAUACUUUUGGUACUUACUUGAUAGGUUGUUCUUGCUGAUUACACUGCUUGUCUUAAAAAUAAGUCUAUGUUAUGUAAGUUCUGACAGCAAUAUCUUCUCAUGGAAAUGCGGGGAUCUAUCCUCUUCUGGAAUGGUGGCUAUUAAGGCUAUUUUGUGAGCCAUUUGUGUAAAUGGAAACCUCCACAAUGCAACGACCCUGUUGUCUGGUUCAGCAUUUCAAAUUAUUUCAAAAGAGCUUCUUCUCACAGGUCAGUAGAUGGUAGACAGUCAUUAUUGCUUGUAGACUAGACAACGUUGAUGCGAAGGGGCAGAUUUGCCCCAUUCCUAUUAAUCUGCAUUAAAUAUUAUGUCUCAUGGUGUAGUUUGCCUGAAAUGGUGCAGACACUUCUCCAAACACUCUUCUCUCAACUGGUAAACAUGCACUUUCAUUCUUCAUUCUUUCCAAAGAAACCUCAUUUAAUAUUGGCUGAUCACUUUCAGGUAAACACAAUAUGUGUUAUAUCUCUCUCACUUCUGCAGCUAAUGCAUUUCUUCUUUUGCAAGAAGCACACUACCCUAUUUAACAACAAUGACAUGUACGAUCUGGUCUGAUCUGGUGUUAGGUUAUAAAUAUUUAUCAUUCAUUCUUUUUUACCUUUGAAUUUCAAUGAUGUAUACGUAUUACACACUCUCCUUAGAGGAUCAGGUGUCUUGGGAUUGAUAACUAAUCUUUGUGGAACAUGUAAACACAAAGUCACUUUCGUUUUAUACUUCUGAUUUGGUUAAUUUUCUCACCUAGCUCUUCUCAUUGUCAUCCUAAAUUGACUUUGCAUAAGGAUUGUUUGAUUUCGGGAUCAUUCUUAAAUUUCUUCAGUCUUUCGUUGGCCAUGUCAUAGUUGCUGGGAAGUGAUGGGUCUUAUUUGCACCAAAGUUGUCCUGACUUGUAAAUGGGGAUAUGUUGAGUUGUGAACUGGACAUUCUAAUCACUCUUCAGAGCUAGUAGGAGAAGAAAUACACUUUCAUAAUAUCCCAGAGCCAUUUUGAUCCACGCAAUCUUAAGCUUUCUUCAAAUCUAAGCACGCCAUACUCAGGUUUGUUUCCCCCUGUUACAGAUCACGGCGACCAUUGUGUCAAUCCAUUAUCUGAUGUGCCGCUACAUAGUUGUCUGCCACCUCUUUGCCCACCCUCCAUCGAGUCAAACUCACUGAGAUGAUUGUCCAUGGGGCCCAAAUGUUUUGUAAAUUAUAUUAGUGCUUAUUAUGAUGUGAGAGACUCAGUUCACAAACUUGCCUUGCCUAAGCCUAGGACAGAGCACCUUAGGCGCAGCUUUUCCUAUAGCGUUCCCACCUUGUGGAAUUCUCUGCCUCAAGGUCUAAGGGAAUGUAACUCCCUGGUGGUUUUCAAAGAGAAGCUUAAAAGUUACUACUCUCGUUUAAGCUCCCACACGACAAUUAUUUAAGUGAUUUAGAUUUUAGUACUUUACUUUUAUUUAGUAUGUACUUUUUAAACUGAUGAUUUCCCGUGUAUAAAUAAAUGAAUGAAUGAAUCUUUGUCUUUCGCAUGUAAUUAACCAGCUCAGUGGUAGAGAUCUUUCUGGUUCCUGUAUUAGUGGGGUGCGGUUUUUUCUUCCUCUGUUUCUAAGUUUCCUAUUUUCUAUGACGCGUUCGACGUCUGCCUUUGGGAUAUUAUUGUCAUUAUUACAAUUACUUGUCUGGUGUAUGUGAGUCUUUGAUUCACUUUAUCAUCGCCUAAUGGUUAUGCUCUUUUGUUUCUCAUGCAAACAAUCCUGGCACUAGGUUUUUAGUAAACUUACAUGUAUGCCAACCACUCUUUGAUAAAUCACUCUAAAAACUGUAAGUAAAUUUGACCACCUCCAUUUUCUCUUCUCAAGCAUCUACGUACCUUGGCAUUGACUGGCAUUUUUUUUAGCUGAUUCACGAACGACUCCCUAUGGCACAGAAAAAUGGGAAGCUUAGCGAUGCUUACCUUAGUGUGUCUGUGGUGAAUAUUUGUUAACAAAGUUGUGCUUCAUGUAUAUGUUGUUGUUGAAUUUUAUCCUUGGUUUAAAUUUUAGUUUCCUUUGUUUUGUGGUAUGGUAAUUAAUGGAUGAUAAUGAGUUUGAAACAAAGGAAAAUAAAAUUUAAACCGAGUAUAAAAUGGAACCACAACAUACACACCCAUUAACUCAGAUUUAUUCAUACCAUUUAUUCAUACUGUCUAAUGUGUUCGCCAUUUGAAUUCAUUUGGUCUCGAUCUACACACAUUUUAGCAGCUAACACAACAGUGUUCACCCAACCAAAUUGCUCAUCGAAAAAGCACAGUCCAUUAUACUUCCUUAUAAUCAGAACCUAGCAGGAAUUUUGCCAAACAGGACUUUGUCUUUCCUUGCAUGGCAUCUAACAGGGAUUUAAGCUUCCCUGUAGCAUUGUAAAGGUCCUUUUCAUCAUGCUGCUUUGGGUCUCCACUAAAUUUUGAUACAUUUAGUUUGACAAUCUUAAUGAAAGCUGCGGUAGCAUUUCCUCAAACAUUUGAUCCAACAUGACCUGGGGCUCACUGGAGCUUCCUGUGGCAGGUGUAUUACACAUAUUUCUGGCCCAAGAUUUAAUUUAUUAGUAUUCGGUUUAUUAGACAUAAUUUCACCACUGUCCUCUCCUGCUUCACCACCUGGAAUGGUUGACGAUUCCUUUCCAACAGGGUCAUUAUCACCAACAACAGUCUGAGUGUUGGAAGUGGAAUUCAGAUGUAAGCAUGAAACCCAAUCCUGUACACUAUCAACAGGCAUCUUUAUGGUCAAUAUCCCCAUGAUAAGAAUUCUUAAUGACAAGGCCAUGUUUGUAAGCGAAUUGUAUUUUUGAUUCUUGAGCACACAGUAUAGUCUCUUUUGAAUCAUAGAAGUCACAAUAAUGCUCUUCUCAUGACCCACUCUGCUUCUGGCAGUCUAUAAUAAUAAUCUCCAUAAAUUGUGCUGAUUUUAGUGGGUAUUUUUUACUUGUGCCAGCCCAAAUGCUUAUGUAUCAUGCCAUAAAAAUUUCGAUCAUUGAUGUCCUUGGCAUUGAUGGCUGUCUGUCGCUGUCUGUAUCUUAGUACAGAGUUGUGAGAGCCAUUAGCCUGCGAUCAGCAUAAUGUUUGCAGACAGCUUACAAGUUGGACUCUCUACCAGACAAUCCUGAGUGCUUGUCCUAUUCUGUGUAAUGGUAACAAUUAUUAUUGGGAUUCUGAUUGGGCUAGAGGUCACUUCUGUCUUUAAAAAUGGCACCAUCUCCCCAUGAGCAAUUAUUAUUAUUGUUUUAAUAAUGAUAAUAAUAAUAAUAUUAUUAUUAUUAUUAUGUAAAUGUUUUACAGUCAUUUUAAAUAGAUUUAACUGUUGGCUUUUAUAAAAUUAUAGGGUUUAUCAUUAUUAUUAUUUAUUUAUUUUAUUUAUAGUUUUUAAUACUUUUUAUUGUAGUUUUUAAUAGUUUCUCAUGGUUUAGUCACCUUUAACAUAAAUUUGAUAUAACAAUAUUGUAAAGCGCAACCGAGUAUAUUCAUAUAGAGGUUUGCGCUAUGUAAAUGUAAAUUAUUAUUAUUAUUAUUAGUCAUUAAGACUGGAAGGUCUCAUUGACAGGAGGCCACUUCUAGUAUUAAACCUUGGGUGUCUACUUUUCCUCUACUUAAUAUUGGUGUGACUAAUAUCCCUUGUCUAAUAAUCUUCUAAGGAUCCUUGCUGUUCCCAAGAGGCAUACUUUCUGUACUUCCUUGGCUAUGUUCAGCACCUCUAACUGUUUCCUUAGGCGGCUGAUUGACACCAUUCCAAGGGUGCCAAAAAUCACAUACACGAUAGUGACUUCUGUACACUUCCAAAUUCUUUUGAGGUCCCCCUCUUCAAAUCCUGGUACUUUUACAAUUUUUCUUUUCCUUCUCAGAGGUUCUUGUGUUGAAGGGACACAUCGCACAUACGAUAUCUAUUAUGAGACAUUUCCCUUCUCUCUUGUCCAUCAGUAGCCUUCGAGAGCAUCCGGUUUUUUCGGCUUUAGUUUCACCCGCCGAGAAAAACCGACGUUAUUUUUCGGAGGAAGAGAAGCGACGACCGGAAAUAUGCUUGAUGCUCGCAGGCUAGUCCAUCACUGCAAUGUCAGGCUUGUUUGCCUCCACUGCCAAAUCCAAUUAUUAUUGUUAUUAUUAUUAUUAUUAUUAUUAUUAUCAUCAUUGCCAACGAGCAGCCUCGCGAAGACGCUGAGAAAAAUAAUGACUCAGCGAAAGUUUUUGUGUCUUUGAAGCAAAAUAAUUCGGAAGGGUUCAUUGGCGCACCACAAAUAUAAGUCUGUACGUUGAAUAUUCGCGGGCUUUAAUAUGAUUUUUUGAGGAUUUUAAGUUUGCUUAUAAGACAACUAAAUUUUACGCAAAAUGAUUUGUGCGCAACGGACAAAAACACGAACCUCAAUAUCUCGAAAAAUUUGCUGCCUUAAGUCGGGAUUUCAAAUUCUUUAUGCAGUAGAACAGUUUAGUUCACUACUUUCAAAAGACAAAUUAAAGCAAGGGGCACACAUACACCAAACCCAUGAUCCGCCUUCGCUGCGCAUGUCGAGGGAGAACCGCCGUGCGGUUGCCAGCCAACAGCUCCCAUAAGUGUCGUGUGGAGCUGGCACUUAAAGGACUUGUCUCGGCAGGAAAAGGCGUUUUAUACACGAGUUUGCCCCAGUCACUGACCAAAGGCUAUGCCAUGCUGAUGUGCUCCAGUAAUGGCGAAACAGCUGUCCAUGGCUGCCACUGCCCGCGUGAUAUGGCUGUGCGCAUGCGUGAGGUAAUGGCCAGGCUGUUGGCUGGUGUAUGUGUGCCCCUUGCUUUAAUUUACUGGUAACUCGUGAUCCACCUUCCCCGUGCAUGUCGUGGCAGAACUGCUGUGCGGUUCCCAGCCAACAGCUCCUACAUGUGUUGUGUGGAGCUGGCGCUUGAUAGACUGAAUUGCACUCACCUAGGCAGUGAGGUAUUUUUUGAGACGCGGCUUUUCCCUUUUCAUUAACCCAACGGCUUUACCAUACUGUUGAACCCCAAUAAGAGUGAAACAGCUGUCUGCGACUGACUGGUACUGCCAGCGUGAUAUCGCUGUGCGUAUGCGUGAAGUACUGGCCCGGCCGUGUGUUGGUGUAUGUGUGCCUCUUGCUUUAAGUUUGUACUAUUGUCAAUGCAAUCGAAUUCUAUUUUUGUUCACUCUAUUUUUCAUCAAUUACUGUAUUUCAUGACAUUUCGAAACAAAUUCAAUAGCACGCGCGUAUAGAUAAAAUCUUUGCUCAUUGGCACUUAGCGAUAGCUAUAACAAGUUAUUAUUAUGUUCUCGUCAAGUUUUCCUGCUUUCCACGAGGAGUUAUAGAGGAGAAGUUACUUCAGGGACAGUACUUUCCUUGUUAUCAUCAUCAUCAUCAUUAUUAUUUUAUUUUUCUAUGCAUUGUCCUGUGCAUCCUGUAAUGCUGAGUCCAAUCAGUGGACCUAUUGCACUAAAGGAAGAUGCCAAUUUGUUGACAGAACUUGGCGUACUUGCUAAUUCUGGGCAUUCAGUGAUAAUUUUGUUGUUGUUAUUAUUAUUAUAAUAGUAUUUCCUCUCUAAAGGCCAGGUCCAAACGACGAUCCUAGGGCACUAGUUAGCGUGCUUUGUCUUGAGAAGGAGAGGCUUGCUGUUGGUCAUCACCCUUGGAAGAGGUUUUCAGGUCAUCUGUGUAGAAGAGAUGAUUCAGCUUGGGACAUACAGUAAUGAAAGUUUUUGUUGAGUGUCAAGCUAAGGGCAGCAAGGGCAAUACGGAAAAGCAGAGGUGGUGAAGAAUCUCUUGAACAAAAUGCCACGUUUGAAUUCUUUUUGCCUAGAAGAGAUUGACCCGCGAGAACUUGGUUGAGAAGCAGGGUUGUCUUCCAAGAUUUCAUAUUCCUGGCUUUGAACCUUGUGAUAGCUGGGCGCUCUUAAUUGGUUUGUCCAUUGAAAGUUGUUGUUGUUAUUAUUAUUAUUAUUAUUAUUAUUAUUAUUAUUAUUAUUAUUAUUAUUAUUAUUAUUAUUAUUAUUAUUAUUAUUAUUAUUAUUAUUAUUAUUAUUAUUAUCAUCAUCAUCAUCAUGAUUAUUAAUGUAAAACAUUGACACUCAUUACGAAGAUCCAUAAAAUUUUGCCAAAUUUGUAACUAUUGCUAUUUGUUUUCUCGGAACAGUGGUUUCCUGACAACUUUCUUAGAAGGGAGAUUGAAUGCAAAUUUGUGCAUUGUAAAAAUACAGCUCUAGGAUGUGACUGGAGAGGUGAAUUAAAAAGUGCUGAUGUAAGUACAAAUACAUCACUCAUAAUUACGUGUGGUGGUUCAAUUUUAUCCCUAGCCUGCGUCGCAGACGUAAUUUAACCCCAGUUAGUAACGUUUGCGAAACAGCGCUAAGAUCCUCAAAUCUGGUUCUCAGGUGGGGGCCCAGAACAAGGAUUUCGGCGCUGUUACGCAGACGGACUUAACCAGAGUUUAGUUUCGUCUGUGGUGCAGGCUAUUUUAUCCCCGGCUUGAAUUAUAUUUUUCUUUGUUUUCAGGUAAGCUAAUGCAUUUGAUGACUUUGAGGCAAAGGAAAAUGAAAUGUAAACCCAUGAUAAAAUUAAAUCACAAAUACCUAAAACACUUUAUUGUGUUAUCUAAAUGGCAAUCAAAACCUAGGAGUCUAAAAAAAAAACGAAAAGACAGGACGGUUUGAUAUAGGCAAUGCAUUCUGCAGUUUUUAGUAAAACUAACUUUCAACGUGGUACUUUAAUUGAAUUGUUAAAAAUGUUAAUUAUGCAAAAGAUUGAAAGGACAAUGAUCAAUACCCACACUACAAUGCCAUACGUAACCAACAAUAGCUUCUGCAAAAUCAUGAAACACCCAUGUUAUUUGUCUUGCAAUUGAUAGUCUUAUUUUGUCUUAAGAUCAGUUUUUUCAAGGUGCGAACUGCUGGCGUGACAUUCUUGUGCAAAGCAUGCGAGCCUCACACGUCCAUAGCGCCAGUCUCUCGCUCCGUUUUUCACCUUCCUUUCGCCACUUACGACUUACGAAAAAUACGGGCUGUUUUACAGUCUAUGCAACCGAUGUUGGUGGGAGAAACUGUUAAAUCAUGCUUUGUACCCUGAAAGGUGCAAUUUGUUUUUGCCAUUGUCGUAGUUAAUCCUCUGAGGGUUGAUUUCCAGUGCCGCGAAAUUUGUACGUGCGUACGUGCGUAAAAUUUACGUUCGUAAAUAAAAUAGAGGCAAUGCAUAAAUGGUCUCUCGUAAGCGUUAAACCUCGCUCAACUUCUCGUUUAUGCUCAGCACGUUUUAUAUUUUAUUCACGUGAUCAAAAUUUACGUGCGUUAGGCUGCGUGCAAACGGACGCAACAUUGUUGACCAACAACUCCCAACAUUGUUGGAUGUUACAUGUUGCGUCCGUUUGCACAUCCUGCUGCAUGUUGUUGGAUGUUGUUGCGCAAAGUUUGAAACCGGUCAAACUUUUACCCUCGUGCAAACGGACGCAACAUUGUUGGCUUACAACUCCCAACGUUGUUGGGAGUUGUUGCGCCCGUUUGCACGUAGCCUUAACGUUCGUAGCCAAAAACGCAUCAGUGGAAGUCAACCUUGACUGCCAUUUUUCCCCUGUGACCAUGUCAGCUAAUUAAAUUCAUAGUAGUUUAUCAAGCAGUUGUCGACUCCCACAGAUACAACGUAGUAAAUUUGCUGCUGGUGUCUUUUUCUGUAGCCUGCAAACCGCAGACGUAUUUCCGGUUGUCGCUUCUCUCCCUCUCGGAGGGAGAGGAGGGAAGAGGCGACGACUGGAAAUACGUCUGCGGUUCGUAGGCUUCUUUUUCUGUGGCUGUAUAAAAGUUCUUGUCUGUCUUAUUGAUAUCAAUGAGAGACAAUUAAGAAACAAUUAACUGAACUAGUUCUAUCGACCAAAUAAGCUACUCACGAAGCAAGGUUUAUAAAUUUGUCGGAGUUCGUGCCGCGCGUCUUAGGUUGGGUAGCUGCACUUGCCUAGCAACAAAAUGGCGAAAAACAAACCUGCAAGUCCGGAAACUGUUACUUACCAUCGGCAACAAAAGCCACGCUCAAACAUGCUUACCUCGAUGCUCCUGUUAUCAAAACAUAUGCCCGUUCCCGGGAGUCCAAUGGAAUUUUUGACGAUUCUUGCUAUGCUAUUCGCCACUUUUGUACUACCAAUACAGGUCAGCCACCGCGUCGUUGUUCCUAUGAAUAUGAUUGACGUCAGUCGUAUUGAUAUGGACAAACAUUUUCCAAAUUAGUCACGCUAGCCGAACAUGAAAAAUAAGCGGGGGGUGGGGGGCUCAGUUAACCAGAAACGAAGAAAUAUCUCGAAUGAACAGUAAUGUAAGUUAUUAAAUGCGUUUAAUUUCAUUUAGGUUCAUCAACAUAGUUGCCCAUACAUACCUUCACCAUGUAGGAAUGAUGGCUGCACGAAUAUGGUGCCAGCGAUUCAGUUGACACAGCAUGAAGAGCGAGAGUGCUCCCACCGUCAAAUAGAGUGUGAAUACUGUGGUUCCUCAAUGAAAUCUGAAGCAUGUCAGGUUAGUGAAACCUUUACUUCAGUAAGUGCAAAUCCAAGCAAAUUUAAUGUUGUCUUAAAUGAUGUAAUCUUACAGUGACCGAAGUAACUGGAAAAUGAAAACAAACGUUGAACUGCUUUGCCAAGUUACAGCACAAGGAUUCCUGGAGGUCAUCCGGCAAGGAAUUUAUCAUUUUAGUAAUUAAAAGUUUUAACUUCAAUUCUAAAACCAUCAAUAGGGGGAUUACAUGCUUCGAGAGAGAAACGUCGUGAACGAACAUAAUUUAGGCGACACCGAAGAAAGGAUAAAGAGUUUGCAAAACCUGGCCUCUUUCUUUAAGACUCAACGACGCACGGUGGCAGAAACGUCAAUUAGCCUUAACAUUCUUUGAAAAGUUUCGAGUUUUUCAAAGAGAAUGUGUCCGAAACUAUUCGGUAUAUUGGCCUCAAAUUUUCACAGAGAACUGAAUUUUUAUGCUCCUUCAAAAUAUGUAUAUAUGAAUAUAUAAUAUAUAAUAAAUAAUAUUAGCAUAAAAGUGUCAGUUAUCUGUGAAAAUUUUCAGUUAUCUGGCAAAAAUUGUUAAAGACUCGCCCACAGAGUGAAGGUGUUCCUCGGUGCGCACUGAAUGCAACGAACGUGACUGUGGACCUUUAACAUUGACAAGAAAAUGCAUUGUAGAGGUUGACUAUUGUAAAUUUAGGAACUAUAUAAAGUUUAGUAAAUAUGUGGCAAUGAUACCCUGCGAGGAGAGGUUUAUUUCCGGCAUGGCUUUUAGCAUUUUCGUUCGCGUUCCUUGUCAGUCGCGUAGUGGGACGUAAACAAACCAAGUACGCAAGUGGCAAGGGACGCGAACGACUUCGUAGAUGCUACUAGUCAUGCCGGAAAGAAAUCACUGGUUGCAGGGAAUGGUAAUGACAAGCUUUCCUUCAGAGAAUAGUGACCGUUUUCAAGCCCGAGAAGUUCAAGGGAGGGCGUAUCGUUAGUCGUACUCUCUUUCCGGCCCAACUCAAACACUUUGCUCCUUGUCUUUCUUUUCUUUUCUCUUCUGUUUGUUUUACCUUUAUCUUAAAUUUUUAUCUCUUUCAGGAACAUUAUCAGAGUUGUCCUAACGUCGCUGUUACAUGUGACAGAUGUGGAAAAACGGACAUACCACGAGGCCAGGUUGGUUUAAAAUACUAUCUGACUUAAAUCACUUGUUAUACGACUCCGGUCAAGUCCAUUUGUGAAAAGGGAGGCCGGAAUAUCCAUGGCCUGCCUUAGAAGCUGAAACAAACUUUACAGCGGUUUGUCAAUGAGAGGUCGUUUCAAAGUUAGGGAAAAGAAGGUAUGUUUUGUCUUCUACUAAGUGGCACCUUUGGAGAUAAUUUUAAUUAAAAUUUACUGAGAAUAUAUAUAGCACAAAAUGUUCAAAAAAUAAGUGAAUGUAGAAAGCCAUGUGUUCUUGGUGCAAGUGAAAUGAUAGCACUCAUAUUCUUUCGUUUGUUCUCACCUUAUUUUCAAGUAUUCCUUGAAACGACCUUAGAAAUCCCCUAGGAGGGUUUUAUCAUGGUGAGGGUAGAAUGAGGGAAAGAUCCCUACAAUAAACCUUGGAACUACUUGAGUUACCGGCCCGAGGUAAAGUUUGUGUUAUUUUCUCCCUUUCAUUCAGUGCAAAAUUGCUCGAAUAAGUUGUCAUGGAAACAAAAUGAUGUAGGAUAGGACAACAUAUCACAUAUGUUAGCCGUUGAGGACAAGUUGUUUGAAAGCGCUCUCCUUUUUUAAUUCAUUAUAUUUUAGAUGCUUUGACGUGUCUCCUCAAAUGUUUGACCCCAUUUCUUUUAUCUUUUUGGAGCUACUUAAUGAUGAUGAUUAUUAAUGCAACUGUUAAAGUAAGCCGUGUCACAAUUUAGGUCUUGUUUGUUUGUUUUUCCGCUAACUCCUCAGUAGCGUUGUUUGUCGAGUAACAACGAUUUUAAAAUAGAACACUUAUUGCUCAAGGUUCAAGUAGUUUAACAAAGAGCUCGGUCAAAAUAUAUUCAUUAGUAAGAGAAUUUAUUUGCCAAGAAUAUAUGCUUAAUGGAGGUUUUACUUACAGUAUUCUUGUUUGUUUGUUUGUUUCGUCAUAGCUUUGUAAGCAUGUUGACCCAGUUAACGGAGACUGCAACAGAAUGUAUUGUCCAUUUAGAGCUCAUGGAUGCUCAUGCGAUGUAAGUUUGAUUAUCCGUGUUUGCCUUGUGUAAAUUUUAAGAAGGGAAGUCUUGCUCUUUGGUGUUUCUUUUAAGUAUAGACUUACCUGAGAUUGGGCCAUGUUAAUUGUUUUAUUUUGAAUUAAUGCAGAUACCUUGACUGUGCCGGCCACAAGAUUUAUAUGGUCACGUUUUUGUGCCUUAAACUCUAGUUCAGUUGUGUGAUGUAAACGUAAGAUUAGUUUUACCUGCUAUAUGAGGGGCAGUCAAAUCUGCUAGUCCUUUCCUCUUCUCCUUCUUUGUGCUCAGUUAUAACGCAGAUAAUGCUAACCGCAUGUUCACAUCAAACAACUAAACUAGACAAAGCACAUCUGAGCUGUAGUCUAAACCUUUUGGUUUAAACAAGACAGCUUGUCUUAAAAACUGUAUUCUUAUGACCAUGACUCUGAGAGAAACCACCUGUAUAGAUCUUUUAGCUAAAGGAAGAGUUCCUUAACCCAUGUUCCUUACCUGGGUCGAUUCUUCAAAGCACGGCUAGAGCUAUAUAACCAAGGUGUGGCUCUACAAGAGGCACUCAUCUCUGCUUGGUACUUCUUCUUUUCCUACUUCGUAUUCAGUCAGUUGUAAAGCCAGGUGAAGGAAAUAUAGCUCUAGUUGUGUUUCGAGGAAAGGUGGAGAACUGCAUAAUUUUUCUGACGUUUACUUGCAUGAUCUUUAUGCUUUGAAACGAACAGGAACUGUUGAACCGAGAGUCCUUGGCCAGGCAUUUGUCAGAAGAUCUUAGUGGACACCUUCUUCUUUUGCCGCGUCUAAUAGAGAGUAUUCCACAGCAAAGACUUGCAGUUUCUCCUCCUCGAGGUGAAAUUAGACAAGACCUCCUUGCAGCGGAAGCUGAAGUCACAGCACACAGCUGGGCUUUAACCACCCAUUACAGAAGGCAAGAGAAAUUGGUUGCCGAUGUAAAAGCCUUAAUCGUCGCAUCGUCGGAGACUGCACGCGUGAUUGAACAAGUGAGUUCAGAACAAAGGCAAGAAAAUGCAAUGUUAAGGAAUAGAAUUGAGCGUUUGGAGGAGGAAUUUGAGCGCUUGAGGGCGACCGUAGAAGGGCAAGGUUUCUCCCUCAAUGCGUUGUGGCGGUUUAUUAGGGAAUUACUGCGUCUUCCACAAUGGUUAAUCAGGGGAAGGCUUACUUGA